AUGAGCAUUUCCGACCUCGCCUCGCUCGGCAUGGCAAUAGGAGCUCCGCUCGUCUACGCAGAUCAAGCCUACUCGAUCUAUCGCAAACAAGAUGCUCGGGGCUUCUCGCACGACGUAUGCGCCGUUCUUCUCAUCGCCAACAUCACACGAUGCUUCUUCUGGCUCGGUGAACGGUUUGAGUUUGCGCUUUUACUGCAGAGCCUACUGAUGAUUGCAGCACAGCUCGGAUUGCUGUAUUUGUGUAUACGGUUCAAACCGGUGACGAGGUGGAGCAAGAGUAUCAGCAGCGAUGGUGCAAGGGUCGUUUUCGAUGGUGCGCACGAGGAACAGCAAAACGACGCGCAAGGAGCGAGCACAUCAAGAGAUUUGAUGGAUUUCCACCAAGCAGACGCGCAGGCGGAGGAGGAGCAAGAGCAAGAGCAAGCGUAUGCGAACAAACAGCCAUUGCUGGUGACGUUGGGAGCCAUGUUUCGCCGAGGCAAUCCAGCUAGCUCUUCGUACGGUCGCUUGUCUUCUACCGACCAUUCGUCGUACAACACUUCCUCGGAUCUGCCUCGUUCCAACACCACCAGCUCGUCCAACACCACAUCUGCCUUCUCCCGCCUUACCUCGCUGUUCACAUCUCUCAUUCCCACCAGCGGCAGACCACUCAACUUCUGGCAGUGGUCCGACUACAACUCGUACCUCAUCUUCCUUUUUCUGCUCAUUCUUCUCUUGGCGAUCCUCUAUAUGAUACUUUCUUCGUCGUCGCGCUUCAUUUCGCUGCUUGGAUAUAUCGCCUUGGGACUCGAAUCGACGUUGCCGAUACCGCAACUGAUCGCCAACUAUCGACGCAAGAGUCUCGCCGGCUUCCGAACGAGCGUGUUGAUAGGCUGGCUGGGGGGUGACUCUUUCAAGCUGCUCUAUUUCGUGCUCAAGGCAAGUCCGGUGCAGUUUACGAGUUGCGCCAUAUUUCAGUUGAGUGUGGAUCUGGCGAUUUUGGCACAGAGCAGGAUGUACCUGGAGAAAACGCAGAGCGACGAGGAGGAGAUGCAGGCCAAGCAGCAGAGUACGCAGGCGUCUGGUGCGAGGAGUGCGGCGCACACGCAGAUCGAGGAGGAUGCCGACGAUGAGCUGGCUCGCCAGAGUGUUGCGCGCAGAAGCGGAGGUGCAACCAGUGUUUCGACCAAUGCGGCUAAGAGCAAGGCCAAAGCGAAUGCGGUGUCUGCUACAAGUACAGCAGAAGAGGAGAAUGACUUGUUGCAAGAUGCUCACCAUGUCAUCGCUAUUGAAGCUGACGACGAUGAUGACGAGGGCGAUAUCUCGAAUGGCCGAACAAGACGAUCGUAA